CGGAAGAGGGCAGUGCGGUACCAGCUGGACUGUCCCCUGUAUAGACAUGAUGACACACGGAGCUAUUUCACCCCCCUGGCUUUUCAUUCGUGAGGACACCUGCCUCCUCGCAAAGGCGGCGAGGAAAUCCUGAAGGCAGCUACGACCAAACAGAAAUGGGGAGGGGGUAAAUUGGCAGAGGGAGACGCUCACCACCCCAGCUCCAGCGGAAACACGGCUUCCCUGCUUUUAAAUCUCCGGCCCUCAGGAGAGCCAGCGUUGGUUUGCAGCUGCAAGAAAAGGAGAAAUCGAACAACUCGUGGGGCUGGUCAGAGAGGAGCAAGAAAGCUCCCGGCAGACGAGGACCCCGAGAGGAUGUUAACAAUCCAGUUCUCGCUGGUUGCGAUGACUUUAGUAUUCAAAGGGGCCACUGGAGUGUCGGUGAUGCAGACGCAAGGCCCCAUGACUGUGUCCGAGGGGGAAGGUUUGCGCCUCAAUUGUAGCUAUGAUGAUGCCGCAGUGUAUGCCGUCUUCUGGUACGUGCAGUUCCCCAGCCAGCACCCCCGGCUCCUCCUGAGGGACCUGGGACGGGAGAACUCGGAUGAAGGGAUCAGAAAAGGGUUCGAUGCCACCCAUGAUAAAAAGCUCAAAUCCUUCCACCUGUGGAAAGCGUCCGGCGAAGUGAGCGACUCCGCGACCUAUUACUGCGCGGCGAGCGACACAGUGACACGGACCGGCAGGGAGCUGAGCAAAAACCGCGCAGGGUCUGUGCGGAGCAUCGGGAAGGCGGGCACCGGGGUCUGGGAGGGGAAGGGAGAAGCGGCGCAAUCACAGAACUUGGAUCAGGUCUCUCUGUGGCCCCGGGCAGAGCCGAGAUCCGCACAAGCUUUGGAGGGAGCCGAGCUGAAUCUCACCUGUUCCCACCCCGCCAUCAAGGCGAGUGACAGCACAGUCUGGUACCGGGAGCUCCCGAACACGGGACCCGAGUUUGUUGUUAGCGGAUACAAGGAAACCACUAAGACCCUCGAGCCGGCGGGAGCCCUGCACAUCUCCGUUGACAGAGAAUCCAGCAGCCUGGCCCUGCGCCGUGGCCAAGGUGCUGGAUUUUCUCUCUGCGGGAAUGAGCAAGGCUCCCUCUGGGUAGAUACUAUUAAAAAUCCCUUCGUAUCCAGAGCCUAUAUACUGGGGACCUCGGUUCGGGAACUGUCGGUACCAAAUUAUAAGUUCACUGAUGACGGAACCGAGAGAGCAGGGGAGGUUCAGUUCGGCUCCCUCUAG